UUGCGCCAAUACGUCGUUGCUUGCAGUGCUCCAGACUUCAGAGGGCUCUGGCUUCUCUGUUUCCCCGGAACUGCUUUCUUUCGACAACAACGCUCCCGUUUGUUGUUUUGAUUUUUUAUGACCACCCGUCAAGCCAGCUUCAACACUCUGAGUACACUACCGAGGCAACGGUCAACUGUGCUGGCUAAGAGCUUUUACCCGUAUGGCCAUGCACAUCAUUCGUUCGACGAAAGUCCCCAAUCUAGGAUCAGCUUUGUUACUCGUUCCAUGCUCAAUUGCAUGCGCAGAAACCUUCCAUGUCAAGCUCUUAACAUCUUCAAGGAACAUCUUCGACUGGGCUCCUUGAAUAAUAUCGACGAAACUUCUAUUGCUGUGGCUCUAAAAGCUUGUCGUGGAAACCGAGUACCCGGGUGCCAGAUUCAUGGCUUUGCUAUUAUCUCUGGGUUUAGAUCGUAUAUUAGCGUUUCAAAUUCAUUAAUGAAUUUGUACUGUAAAGCUCAACUUUUUGAUAGGGCUUUACGUAUAUUCAAUAAUCUAAGUGAUCCUGAUAUUGUUUCUUGCAAUACGAUACUCUCAGGGUUUCAAAAUAGUGGAGAUGCUUUGAAUUUCGCUCUCCGGAUGAAUUUCAAAGGGGUAGUUUUUGAUGCCGUGACUUACACUACAGUUCUCUCAUUUUGCUCUGCUCAUGAGGAGUUUCUCUUUGGCGUACAACUGCAUAGUCUCAUAAUCAAAUUUGGAUUAAGUUGUGAGGUUUUUGUGGGGAAUGCGCUUAUAACAAUGUAUUCAAGAUGGGGGCAUUUAUUAGAAGCUAAAAGGGUAUUUGAUGAGAUGCAAAGUAGGGAUUUGGUCUCCUGGAACGCAAUUCUAUCAGGUUACGCUCAGGAAGGUGAUUAUGGAUCAGAGGCAGUUUCACUAUUUGCUGAGAUGGUUAGAGAAGGGAUGAAGCUUGACCAUGUUUCAUUUACUGGUUCUGUCUCGGCCUGCAGUCAAGAAAGAAAUUUAGAGUUCGGGAGACAGAUACAUGGGUUGAGUAUAAAAACAGGAUACGGGACUCACGUUUCAGUGUGUAAUGUCUUGAUCUCAAUGUAUUUUAAGUGUGAAUACAUUGAAGAUGCCAAAUCAGUCUUCUGGAAUAUGAAUGAGCGCAACGUGGUUUCUUGGACUACAAUGAUCUUCAUUGAUGGGGAAGAUGUCAUAGCUCUCUUUAAUAAGAUGAGGUUAGAUGGAGUGUAUCCAAAUGAUGUUACAUUUGUUGGGCUGAUUCAUGCCAUAAGUAUUGGCAAUUUGGUGGAACAAGGCCAGAAAGUUCAUGGCAUUUGCAUAAAAUCUAGCUUUUCUUCAGAUUUGAAUGUCUGUAAUAGCCUUAUCACUAUGUAUGCUAAGUUUGAGUUCAUGGAAGACUCAUCAAAGGUUUUUGGGGAAAUCGGUUCCAGAGAUAUCAUAUCAUGGAAUGCUUUGAUUUCUGGUUAUGCUCAGAACGGUUUCUGUCAAGAAGCUCUAAGGACAUUCUUCUCAGCGAUUAGUGAGGCCAAGCCAAACCAAUACACAUUUGGCAGUGUCUUGAGUGCAAUUGGUGCUGCAGAGGAUGUUUCGCUCAAGCAUGGUCAAAGAUGCCACUCUCAUAUAAUAAAAUUUGGCUUGAACUCUGAUCCCAUUGUUUCUGGUGCUCUUCUUGACAUGUAUGCAAAACGUGGGAGCAUUCUUGAGUCUGAAAGAGUUUUCAUUGACACGAAUCAAAAGAGCCAAUUUGCUUGGACAGCAAUGAUCUCCGCCCAUGCCAGACAUGGAGACUUUGAAUCAGUAAUGAAUUGGUUCAAGGCGAUGGAGAGAGAUGGGAUAAGACCAGACUCAAUUACCUUCCUUUCCAUGUUAACAGCCUGUGGUCGAAAGGGAAUGGUUGACAUGGGUCGUCAUCUCUUUGACUCCAUGGUUAAUGACUACCUGAUUGAACCAUCCCGGGAACAUUAUUCUUGUUUGGCAGAUAUGUUAGGCCGUGCAGGCAGACUUGAGGAGGCAGAAGAGGUAGUGGGUCAUAUUCAAGGAGGGGCAGGGCUGUCAGUGUUGCAAAGCUUGCUGGGAGCGUGUAGGAUACAUGGGAAUGUAGAGAUGGGCGAGAGGGUAGCCGAUGCUCUGAUGAAGCUAGAGCCUACGGAAUCAGGUUCAUAUGUGCUCUUGUCCAACUUGUAUGCUGAAAAGGGUGAAUGGGAUAAGGUGGCAAAAUUAAGGAAAGGAAUGAGAGAGAAAGGAGUGAAGAAGGAAGUAGGUUUUAGUUGGGUAGAUGUUGGUGAGGUCAAUGGUUCCUUACCUUUGCACGGGUUUUCUUCUGGGGACUGGUCGCAUCCACAAUCCGCGGAGAUUCAUAAGAUGACUGAAUGCCUGGGAUUAGAAAUGAAACCUUUGAGAGAUGGAUUGAUCCGUUGUGACAUAACCACCCCAUAUAAAAUUGAAUCUUUGCUUGAUAUGUGACAUUUACCCGUUGAGGGUUUUCCGGAUAAAAAUUCUGGUGUCCAUUAUUGU